AUGGAGGGCUUCGGCCGCUUCUCCCCCUGGCCUCACGCGGACCUCUGGGAGGCCCCACCGCCCCGCAAGGAGCGCGCAUCCUCGACGCGGCUGGGCGGGUCAGGGCCGCAGAGCGAGCAGGGCCUGUGCUCCCGGCCCGGGACUCCCCGCGAGCGGAGCGAGGCCGCGGCGCCCUGGCCGCACCUGCGCUGCUCGCCCACCCCGCGGCCCCGCCGGCGCCGGUACCCGGACUUUCCGCCUGAAAGCCGCAGCCUGACCGACGUGGCCCGGAGGCCCCCGGACCACGCCAGGAAGCACCGGCCCCGCAGCCGGCGCCUGGAAGACGCCUGGGGGGAGGCGGGUACCAAGUCCCUGGAGCAGAGACGCAGCCCGCCUAGCCCGGCCUGGCAGCAGCAGCCCCAGCUGCCACCGCAACAGCCUCAGCCCUGCCAGCACUACUCUCCGGCCCGGGGAGAUUCGCCCCCACCUUACCCGCAGGGAGCUUACACUCCCCCGAGUGGAACUUUCGGGGUAGAAAAGGUGCAGAGUGGAGACCAGUGGGCAGUGCCAGCCUGCAGAGGUCUCGGUCGCUGGUCCCUUUCCUCGGUUCACACGAAGAAGUGUUCUGUGCCCUCCAGAGAGUUCGGGACGCAGUCAGGUUGCGUGUACCUCCAGAAAAGAUACCGUAAUGAUCCGGUGGAGUCAUUAGCCAGCCAGUACUCCCAGCCCUCGCUCUCCAGCAAGGCGAUGCAGAACCAGCACACCCAGAUCCUCAAGAACAAGCUGGAAGAGGCAGUAAUGUCCUCCAGGGACCGGAAGAUUGUGGCCCUGGUGCUGACCUGGCUCAAAAAGGCCCAGAGGAUGCGGGAGCUGCAGCAGCAGGCGGCCCUAGCCUGGGAGGAGCUGAAGCGCUCGGACCAGAAGGUCCAGUUGACCCUAGAGACAGAGCGCAAGCUGCUGCUGCAGCAGAGCCAGGAGCCAUGGCAGCAGGAGAAGGAGCAGCGUGUCCGACGGCGGGACCGGCAAGCGACGAACACGAUCCGGCAGGAGCGCAGGUGGAAGGCGCAGCUAGAGGACCAAGAGAACCAGCGCCAGGAGAAGCUGGAGGGGGCCCCCUCUGAGACGGAGGCCAAGCGCGGGAGGGAGUACCAGGUGCAGCGCCUGCAGGAGCACGAGAAGAUGAUGCAGGACCUGCGGGAGCAGAGCAGCCUGCAGCUGCAGAAGAGGCUGAAGCAGGCCUGUCUAAAGAGGCAUGUGCACACCACCGAGGGCCAGAAGAAGAUCCAGGAGACCAGUCUUAGCUCCCUAGUCAAUUACCAGGCCCGGAAGGUCCUCAUGGACUGCCAGGCCAAGGCUGAGGAGCUCCUUAGGAAGCUGUCCCUGGAACAGAGUUCCCAGUGGUCCCAAGAGAUCCCCCAGGGCCUGAUUAAGGAGCAUCACCGGGAGCCGAAGGAGAAGUGCCAGCAGGUCAAGGGGUGCGCGGAAGAGUCCGGGGAGCAGAGGAAGGAGCACGAGCGGCUGUCCUUGGAGCUCGCGGACCAGAAGAUCCUGCAGACCAGGAGUAACGUCCACAAGAGUAUCAGCGACAAGGUGCAGCAGAUUCGGGAGCUCAACGUCCUGCGGGAGAAGAAUCAUCACAUCCUGAAGCUGAAAGCCGAGAAGGAGGAAAAGUGCCACAUCGAGCGCAUUAAGGAAGCCAUUAGGAAAAAGGAGCGGAAGAUGGAGCAGAUCUCGCGAGAGAAAGAUGCAACCUUCGGUGAAUCCCAAAAGAUCUCCAGGGCCUCCAGGACAGACAGCGUGAGAAAGUUUGCCAACAACUUCUUUGAUCCGAUAGGGCGGGAGGCCCAGGUUCGAGCUGGGCAGCAGAGAGGAGGCCACUGA